CGGCCGCUUGGGCUGUUGUCAUAGCAACUAAGUUUAAAAAACAUGGGUGGACUGACACCGCCCAAGAAACCUUCAGCCUCACAAAUGCGACAAAAAGCCCUAAAGUGCACGGUCGAAUUGGAAAUCCAAGCUAUCACUUGUCCAGGGGUGGUGUUACCAUCCCAAGAGGACAUAUAUGUUAGUGUUCAGAUAAUGGGCCAGUACCAGAAGUCCAAGUGUGUUCCUCCAGUUUUCCCUCUGCUGCUGCAUGAAAAAAUGGUGUUUGUGAAGACCUUUGUGGGAGUGGUUGACCCGGGUGCUGUAGCUGAGCAUCUGCAGAAUGAUACAACAUCUUUAGAGCUCAUUCAGCUCAUUCCUCCAGAGGGUGAGAUCCUGGCAACGUUUGAAGAUGACACCCGGGAGUUUCUGUAUCCAGGCCCUCGUUUGACUCCCAGAAGCCCCGGCCCAGAGAGAGAGAUUCUGAUGAAGAGAUCCAUCUCCUUUCCCGGAAUCUCUCCCAAAGUGGAGUUCUCAACGACAUCUAUUAUUGAGGAGUGUGAUGUGAAACAUGGUCAGCCUGCCAUGUCUUUAUGUAAUCAUUCUUCUACUACUAAGCCCCGCCGUGUGAGAACUUGCCCUGCAAACACAAAGAAGAAGAAACCAGACACAGCACUAUCCUGUGGAUAUGAAAAGCCAACGGUGGCGUCCCAAAGCCGUGCUCCUUCACCCUACACCCACCGCAAGAUGUGUCAGCUGUCCGAGGAGGCCAGACAACGACUUAGCCACCUUAAACUUGGGCCCUACACCUUUAAGAAAGAGACGGUCCCUCAGGCUCCAUUCGUGGUGCCCCGAAGCCCAAACACGUCGCUGAUGGAAUCCCCAACGUGUCUUACAUCUCACUCUACUACUAAAAGAAGCCCGCUACAACUGCGAUCACGGAGUUACACCGCAAACCUCACAGAUCUGUCUCUCCUUGGAAGUUUCAGAUCAAAGCCCUCACAUGUGUCCAUGCAGGCAGCCAGAAAUUCCCCGAAUAAAUCCCCCAAAGACCAUUCCACACCUGUGUCCAGCACUCUCAGAGACCAAAGUCCAGUCCUGAGCCGCUCUUCCCUGAGAGAACGGUUCCAGAGUUCAUCCAGUCCCUCACAGUCGAAGGAGAUCCACAAACGAGUGCAGAGAAUCCUAAACAGCUCCGGUCCCCGCUGCAAGCUUUUUUUUGAUGAAGAGAGUGAGGAGGAGGGAGUCAGACAGAGUUCAUGUUUUUCCACCCGCCGUGAUGUGAUUGACAGCCGGCUGCCGCAGGACAGGCUUAUUCCUGGAGAACCAUCUGUUCAUUUAGACACCGGCACAUUUUGGACUAACAGAGCGGCCGUGUAUACAGGGAAGCCCCACAGAGCUGUGUUUGAGGACAGUUUGAGCAAAAUCUACAAGAACCUCUACAGAAAUGCCUCACAGUCAGGACACAGUGGACAAAGCACCUGGACACAAUGACCAAAGACAUGUUCAACUGCUCAUUUAAUGCAGUGGUUUUCAAUCCUGGUGUUAUUUAACACACCUGAUUCAGGUGAGAGCGUCAUGAACUUCACUGAGUGUGUCAGAUAAGAGAAAUAUAAAAAUGUGCAGAGCAGUGGUUCAUGGGUUGUGUUAUACACUUUCUUAACUUUCAUAAUAACAGUAUUAGUAAAAAGCGAAAAACAGCAGUACAUUUGGUUUGGACCUGAUUUAUUGUGAAUCCACAGCAAGCUGUAAUCAAUCAGUCUUUCAAUCACAAUCCAUUUGAGGAAAAACUUUAAAAAGUAUAAGUUUUCUGUACAAGUUGCAUGUUUUUUUAACUUACAAGGUAAAUAUUUUUAAUUUCUGUGGAUUAUUAAAAAGAAAAUUAAUGUUAGCCUUUAUAAAUGCAAUAAAUGAUUAACAAGUCCUAUUAAAAAAAAAAACAGAAAAAAAAAAAA